AUGCAAGACUCAACUAUCCAACAAGACAUAAAAGAAGAAAACAAACAAGAAAAAGAAGUUGUUGUAGAUGAUGGAGAAGAAAAAAGAGAGAUUUCUAAGUUAAAACUAGAGAUAAUUGAUAUGAAUAAAAAAAUUGCUUGUUUUAUAAAUGAAAAUGCUAAUCUCAAAGAUGAAAUUAUAAGGAUAAGUGAAGAACUCCAAAAAGAAAAAGUUAAGGGUAUUGACUAUGAAAAGCUAAAACAACAAUUGGAAGAAAUACAAAAAGAGUACUCACAAAGUCUAAAAGUUAUUGAGGAAAAAGAAGUUGUUAUAAAAGAAAAAGACAAGAUAAUUGAAAAUAAAGAAAAAGAAUGUUAUGAAAUUAAAAAAGAGCUUGAUAACAUACAUCAAAACGAAAUUGUGGAGACUGAAAAGACAGUCAAACAGAAUAAUGAUGAAAACAUAGAAGAAACAGACACAAUUCAUGAAAAGGUUGCAAUAAAUUUGGAAGAGGAAAUUGCUAAACUUCAGAAAGAAGUAUCAGAAAAAACUGAAACAAUAAAUAAACUACACAAAGAAAAAAAGGAAUUAGAAGAAUAUUCACUUUCAGAAAAAACAGAAAAAAAAAAACUAGUGAAUGAAAAUAAUUUAUUAAACAGUACUAUUAAUGAAAUGAGGACAACACAAUCAAAUAAUAAAAUUACUAUUGAUCAAUUAAACCAAGAGAAACAACAAAAUAAAGAAACUAUUUAUAAAACUAAUAAAGCCAUAGAAGAACUUAAUUCAACUAACACUAGUCUUCAAAAUAAAGUAGUUGAACUAGAAACCCAUAUCAAAGAAAAGGAUGAAGAAAUAACUAAAAUGAAUCUUGUGAUAGAACAAAAACAAAAAAGUUUAACUGAAAAAUCUCUAAAGGAUGAAAAGACUAUUGAUGAAUUAAGAAAAGAAAAUCAAAGACUUAAAAGUUAUAUUGAACAAAUGCCAAUGAACCAAAUGAGCCAAGAAACUUUCACUCAUGAACUAAAACAAGAAACUAUCAACAAAAAAGAGAAUAGAGUUGAUGAAGACAUACCAAUUGAACCACAAAUUGUAACUGUUGACAUUCCAAUCUAUCAUUAUUUCACUGGGUGUCAAGAAGAAAUAGAAAUAAAUAAACAAAUUUUUACUAUUCCAAUUAGUGUUGGACUAUCAGAUGGUGCUGAAUUUAAUUACAAAGGAUAUGGAACACCAAUCAAUGGAAGAAAAAGGGACUUAAUUAUUGUUACUAAAACACAACAGACAGAGUCUUUUCGAAGACAAGAAAAUAACCUCUUCCAAACUGUUGUUAUUCCUCAGUCUUAUAGAAACAAAACAUUCCAAUGUUCUAUUCCAUGUAUUGAUGGAAAUAAUAUUCCUGUUAUAAUAACAGGACAAGAAGGUAUACAAGGACCAUAUGAAAGAUAUGGAAUGCCAAUUGGAACAACUGGAAAAAGAGGUGAUUUAUACCUCAUUAUCAAAUUAAAUUAA